CCCUCAAAUUAAUAUUCAGUUUAGGCAUCGUGACACAACAACUUAAUCUCCUUGGAAGCCAUGGCAGCUUUUCAUGAAGAUUUUAGCGGUGACUAUUUUCUACUGAACCCAGAGAAGGCAAGUUUGUUUGAUCUUCUUAGCCUGCUUUUGUCGCAUCAAAUGGAAAACAGAAGAUUCAUAAAGUCUGGAGAGAGCCAACGUCGAAGCUUUCGUGAUCGAUGGACCAUCUUCGUCUCGGUGCUUGUUCAGAAACUCCUCAUUUGGGCAACGACACCUAUGGCCUUUAUAGGGGAUACCAUCGAGCUGUGGCUAAAUCUUUUAUCUGCAAACGGUGGCCUCUAUCAUCUUCUAAUAAAUCUUGCAAAAGGGGAAAUAGAAUGGCCUAAGAGAUCAUCGGCGACAUUUACUUCGUGCAUAGGAAACGCUGAUAUUCGCUCUGGAUUAGACCCAAAAAUUAAAGCAGUUGACGUAAAAUACAAAGCGUCGCUGUCUAUAAUGGCUUCCAAGAUAUCCUAUGAGAAUGAAGCCUUCAUUGAAGCCAAAGUCGCCCAACUUUGGAAGAUGAAAUUCGUGAAGUUUUAUAAUUUUUGGAACGAUUACAAAAAACGUGAUUCCACCCAAGCUUUCAUCCUCCAAGACACACAAGCAAAUCCCAACUUGUUCGUGGUUGCCUUCAGAGGCACCAGCCCAUUCGACGCCAACGACUGGCGAACCGACGCCGAUCUUUCCUGGUGCCAGCUUAAAGCCAUGGGCAACGCCAGGGCCCAUAGUGGUUUCAUGCAAGCUCUCGGCUUGCAAAAGAACAAUGGGUGGCCCAAGGAUAUCGAACAAGACAACAAUGCCCAACACCAAUUUGCUUACUACACUCUUAGAGAGAAGCUGAGGGAGGUUUUGAAAGAGAACGAUGAAGCCAAGUUCAUAUUGACUGGUCACAGUUUGGGUGGGGCAUUGGCGAUCUUGUUUCCUUCGGUGCUAAUGUUGCAUGGAGAGAAAUGGUUGUUGGACAGAUUGGAUGGGGUUUACACCUUUGGGCAACCCAGGGUCGGUGACGCCUUGUUUGGGGAAUACAUGAAGGAAAAUAUGAAGAAAUUUGACGUCAAAUACUUCAGAUAUGUUUACAGCAAUGACAUGGUCCCCAGGGUUCCUUACGAUGAUAAAAACACCUUGUUUAAGCAUUUUGGCCCUUGCCUCUUCUUCAACAGUUUCUACGUUGGUAAGAUUUUACCGGAGGAACCGAACAAGAAUUACUUCUCUUUGCUAUGGGUGAUGCCGAAGAUGGUGAACGCAGUUUGGGAGCUUAUUAGGGGCUUCAUUUUGCCUUGCAUAUAUGGUCCAGACUACAAGGAAGGUUGGCUUCUAAGAAUCUUGAGGGUAACCGGAUUACUAAUACCAGGAUUGUCAGCUCAUUCCCCUCAGGAUUAUGUUAAUUCGGCUCGAUUGGGGACCCUCUCGGAUCAUCAGCUACGCGAACACGAACUUAUAAGAGAUUGAUGACAACAAUGAAGAUCCUCAUAAUGCUGAUUAAUGUUGGUAAACAUGAAUGACUACAAGGACAUAUUCCAUUAAUAUAUAUAUAUAUAUAUCAGCAAUGAUUGGAGAAAACAGAUUUGUAACCUAUUUGAACUCUUCAAUCCCAUCACUUGUAAGAAAGAAUGUAAAAGUGAUAAUUUAUAGUUUCAUUUCCAUUUCGAAGGAAAAUGCCAUAUUGUAAAGUAAAAGUAAAAAAAGUCCUUCGAAACCAUAUUAGUUCAUCAUCUAUCCGAAAUAUACAGGA